AUGGAACCUUCCAUUGCGGCAAAAGCAGCCCAUGUUGUUCAGCAGGCAAAUGAAAGAUUGAAGAGAGAACGUCAGGAGACACAGGCUACUGCAGAGUGGGAGACACAUUCGAAAAAGAGAAGCAUACUGGAUGAACAUGGAAACUUGGCAUAUCAAACGGCCAUGGGAACUGGUCAUGUUGGCACAGGAAGUGUAUCUGGAGAUGGGGUCUACGGUUUUCGUGGCUCGGACAGAGAUCUGCAAGAAGUUGACUCAAUGGAGAUCAGAAAUGCAGCUGCAGAGACGGAGAAAAAGAAGGCGAAAGAGAGCAAGAAAGAAAAAGAAAAACGUUCCCUAAAAGGUCCUGCACAUGAUCCGAAUGGGACUGGCGUGUCUUUUGCUACCAAGACAGGAGACCAAGCCAAUAAGAGUGUCCAUAGAGCUACUGCUGAUGGUAAAAAUACAGAGGACCUUGCACCAGUGUCAAUGAAUGUUCCAGAUCCCGAUUUUCAUGAUUUUGACCUGGAUCGGACUGAAAGUUCUUUUGAAGAUAACCAGGUUUGGGCUGCAUAUGAUGAUGAUGAUGGCAUGCCGCGUUUCUAUGCUAUGGUUCAUAACGUUAUAUCUAGGAAACCAUUUAAGAUGAGAAUCAGUUGGCUUAAUUCAAAAACCAACAGUGAAUUUGGUCCAGCAGAUUGGGUAGGUUCUGGUUUCUAUAAACCUGUGGGGAAUUCAGGGUUGGUAAACAUGAAAUUUAUAUGUCUUUAA